CCCAAGCAUUGUGCCCAUCCCCCCUGCCAUGUGGGAACUGCGGUCAGCCUCCUUCUGGAGGGCCAUAUUUGCUGAGUUCUUUGCCACCCUCUUCUAUGUCUUUUUCGGAUUGGGGGCCUCACUGCGUUGGGCCCCCGGACCCCUGCAUGUCCUGCAGGUGGCUCUGGCCUUUGGCCUGGCCCUGGCUACACUGGUGCAGGCUGUGGGCCACAUCAGCGGGGCCCAUGUCAAUCCUGCAGUCACUUUCGCCUUCCUUGUGGGUUCCCAGAUGUCUCUGCUCCGUGCCUUCUGCUAUAUGGCAGCCCAACUCCUGGGAGCUGUGGCUGGGGCCGCCGUGCUGUAUAGUGUCACCCCGCCUGCCGUCCGAGGAAACCUAGCACUUAAUACGUUGCACCCUGGGGUGAGUGUGGGCCAGGCCACCACGGUGGAGAUCUUCCUGACGCUCCAGUUUGUGCUCUGCAUCUUUGCCACAUACGACGAGAGGCGGAAUGGCCGCCUGGGAUCUGUAGCCCUGGCUGUUGGCUUCUCCCUCACCCUGGGGCACCUCUUUGGGAUGUAUUAUACUGGUGCAGGCAUGAACCCUGCCCGCUCCUUUGCUCCUGCCAUUCUCACCAGAAACUUCACCAACCACUGGGUAUACUGGGUGGGCCCAAUCAUUGGAGGGGGACUAGGCAGUCUCCUCUACGACUUUCUCCUCUUCCCCCGGCUCAAGAGUGUUUCUGAGAGACUGUCUAUUCUCAAGGGUGCCAGGCCCAGUGACUCCAAUGGACAACCAGAGAGCACUGGGGAACCUGUUGAACUGAAGACCCAGGCCCUGUGAAAGCUCCAGUUGGCUAGAGGGAACAUCCCCAGAGGGGCUUCCAGGCAGCUGGUACUUAAGCCAAAGAGCUCCCUAAGGUCAAAACAGGAAAUCUGAUGCCUGGAGCAAAUGCAGAGGAGCCUGCACGCUUCGCAAGCUUUUAAACCUAUACCUCUAGCAUGAAAGACACCCCGCCCGCAAAGACCCCUCUAGCCCGUAGCUCAACUCUCCACUUCCUCCCAAAUAAAGCCUAAUUUUUCUAACUAA